CUUUGAAAAGAGUGUUCUAUCUAGGUUUGCUACUCAGGAAUAUUGUAGGUAGAGUGAACUGGGGUAGCUAGAGAUGUCAGAUCUGGGAUGUUGUCUGAGAGCACCACAGGCCUCCCCACAUGCUCAUUGGAACUCUUUCUUCUGCCCUGAGGUGGGCGUGGCAUGUCGCACCUUCAGGUGUUUUAUGGAUUAACUCUUCAUUCAUCACAUACAGCAGCAAUAUAGUUAUGGCAACCUUCCAGACUUUCAGAAACAGUCACAUGAAGACUAGAGCAUCUGUCAGAAAAAGCUUCAGUGAAGAUGUUUUCCAGUCGGUAAAGUCUUUAUUACGGAGUGAGAAGGAACUGUGUAGUGUAUCAGCAGAGGACUAUUUAAAGCAAGAUGAACAUGCCAGUUUGACUGAGGUCACAUUUCUAGGUUUUAAUGAAGAAACAGAUGCUGCUCAUAUACAGGAUUUAGCUGCUGUUUCUUUGGAACUUCCAGAUCUUCUGAAUUCACUACACUUCUGUAGUCUAAAUGAAAAUGAAAUUAUUUGUAUGAAGGAUAUAAAUAAAUCACCAAAUAUAAACAGUGGUCCUCUAAAUCAGAGUCGUCAUUCUGGAAUGCUUUGUGUCAUGAGAGUGUUACCACCUACAGUACCAAGACUCAGAAUUGAUUUUAUCUUUAGUCUCCUAAGUAAAUAUGCUACUGGUAUAAGAUACACCCUGGAUACAUACUUUCAUCAGAAACGCCAACUGGAGACCACUAAUGAAGAUGAUGAUGAUACUAACCAGUCAGUGUCUUCUAUAGAGGAUGAUUUUGUCACUGCGUUUGAGCACUUAGAGGAAGAAGAGACCUUAAAGCCAUAUAAUGAUGGAGUAAACAUUACUGCACUAAAGAGCCACUGUGAUGCUGCUUCACAGACUACUGCUGGUCACCAGUUAGAAACCCAUGAUUUAAGGAUUCUGGUUAGCUCUGGGCGGCAGAAGUCAUUGACGAAACCUUCAACUUCCUUAAUAAACAUUCUGGGACAUAAAGAACAACCUGUGAAAAGUUCAGUCACAACAUCAAUUUCUGAGCCUUGGAUCCAAAGGAGUUUCUAUAGGUCAUCUAAUGCUUCAGAUAAAGGUAGUGACAUGCAGAAAACGUUUUUUUCUUCUUCUCCUGCCUAUUCAUCUGAAUCAGAAUGCUCAAGUCCAAGUCCGGUUAUUUUCUUAGAUGAAGAAGGAUAUCAAAAAAGUUUAAAAGCAAAACUUGAGUUACCAAAAAUUCCUGUAAUGAAAGAUGAUAUAGAGGACUCAGACUCAGAAGUAAGUGAAUUUUUUGAUAGUUUUGAUCAGUUUGAUGAACUAGAACAAACUUUAGAGACUUCUUGUCCAUUUCUAAAAGACUCUGUAAAAGGGAAGACAUCGCAAAAGAAAGGGCACAAACAUGACAAAUCUUCUGUAACCACUACUAUGAAUCCUCAAAAAUUCAAGUUUGAUUGUCCAGCUCUCCCAGCUAAUGUUCGAAAGCCAACACCUCGUAAACCAGAAUCCCCUUACAGCAACCUGUGUGAUGCUCCAGAUUCUCCUCGCCCAGUGAAGGCAUCUGGGGAAGACAGUGGCUUGUUUAGCCCCAUUCGGUCCUCUGCUUUUAGUCCUCUUGGAAGCUGUACACCUGCUGAAUGUUUUUGCCAAACAGAUAUUGGUGGAGAUAGGAUUCAUGAAGAUCAUGAUUCUAUUUAUUACACCUAUGAAGAUUAUGCCAAUAGAAUUACAUGUGAAGUACUGGGCUCGGUCCUUCAUACUCAACAUACUAAUGCAAUAUCAAACAUUAAUAGUGUUAAAAAGGGAGAAAAUGAAACCAUUGCUCUAAAGAGUGGAAACCUUGAUCAAAAUAAAUCUAAAAAUAAACCCUUAAUGAUUAGAGAUAGCAUUCAAAAAUUUGCAGCAGAUCUUGUGGAAAAAAGUUUUGGCAGUGCAUUUAAAGACUUGCAGAAAGGAGUCUCUUCAUGUACCAAUGCAUUGUGCCAUUUAGCCGUCAAAUUAACGUCAUCCAUUUUUCAGAUGGCAUUUAAUGAACUGAGAAGGCAGCAUGCAUUUUCACUGAAAGAGCGUGCUAUUAGUGGUCUGGCUAAUUUUUUGGUGAGUGAAGCUUUAUCAAAUGCUUUAAAAGAUUUACAGUAUGUAAAGAAGCAGAUAUUUACAAACAUAGUUGCUGGGUUUGCUGCAGAUCUUGCUGAAGAGCUUAUUUUUGAAGGUAUCAUGGAAGUGUGUCAGUUUUCAUCUCCUCCAACACCUGCAUCUCCAAAGUAUUCAUUUGACUAUGAAGACAAAGUAGUGAAGUCAUAUGCAAAAGAUUUGUCUGAAUCUGUAAUGCAGGAAGCAUUCAUUGAGCUAUCACAAGUUGAUGUGAUCUUUACAACAAAGGCAGCAGUUAGUGUUUCUACAGAUAACAUAAAGUAUGUGAGUGCAGAAAAUAUUGUGCCAUGGACACAGACUUCCACAUGUCCCAUUUUUAAUAGUCAAGCAAUUGUGACAAAACCAAUGCCAGAAUAUAAAUACACUGUACAGCAGGCCUUAUUUUGUACUUCUGGAAUUGUUACUUCUAUACCAGUGCCCCUGGCUGGAAGUGCCCUUCUCCCAUAUCACUUUUCAUCUAAUAUAUAUCAGGCAAAGACUCAUCUGUCAUCUGGUGAUAGUAAUUUGAAUGGUGAUUCUACUGAAGCAGGUGUUUCCACAAAAAACGAAGAGGAAGUAGCUUGUCUCAGAAAUAUUUGUUUAUCUUCAGAACACAGUCUAGGUAACCAGAAUGAUUUUAAACCAACUAAUGAUGAUGUUGAAAUGCAAAGCUCUUCAGAAUUACCAAGUGAUCCUGUGAUUAUUAGCAACUUUUCUACAGCACUGGUGCAUUCUAUAGUAAAUGAAACUUUAGAGUCAGUGACAUCAUUCAAAGUUACAAAAACAGUUGAUGAACACACAGAUUGUUUAACUAAAACAGUAAAGGGAAAAAACCCUCCUUUCCACUAUGAUCAAGUGACCCUGCAACAGAAUGAAGCUAGCAAUAAGGACAUGUUUGUUGAUCGAUUAUAUAAAUCUGUUAUUAAACAUUCCGUAGAGAAAAGCAAAUCAGUGAUCUCCAAUGUGGAUAAAAAUAUGGUAAACAGGGAAGGCUUGCCUGUUGCUGAAGAAGAGUCACGGUUGAUAUGGGAAAAGUUUCCCAGAUCUCUUGAUGCUCAAGAUCACUUAACUCACUGUUCACUUUUAGUGGGAAAGGAUUGUGUUCCAGAAUGUAAAGAUUCUGUAGCUCAUGGAUUUUCUUUAGAGCCACUACCAUGUUGUUCAACUAUGGCAGGUCAGAAACCUGAGUUGAAGGAAGCUGCUAAGGACAAAUCAGUGAAAAAGUAUAAUUUGAAUAAUAUGGCACAGGUGCCCUUGUCUUUUGGGCAAGAAAAUCCUUAUCCCCAUUCACAUACUUUCUCAUCUGCAGUACUUACAUGUGUAGAUGGUUUGCAUGUGGAAGAUAAACAGAAAAUCAGAGAUGGAAAUGUAAUACCUGAUACUCCUCCAUCAACUCCUCUAGUACCAUCCCAGGCUAGUUCUGAAUGGGAUAUCAAGAAGUUAACCAAAAAGCUUAAAGGGGAAUUAGCAAAAGAAUUUGCACCUGCUACACCACCUUCUACACCUCACUACUCAUCUGUUGGUAGUUUGUCUGAAAAUGAACAAAAUACUAUUGAAAAAGAGGAGUUCAUGUUGAAACUCAUGCGAUCUCUUUCAGAAGAAGUUGAAAGUAGUGAAGGUGAAGAGCAUCCAGAAGUGGAUGUGAAGGCAGAGCACUCAGAGAAGAAAACUCAAUUUGCUGAAGCAUUAGCUUCACACAUCGUUUCUCUUGCAACUGAAAUGGCAGCUUCCCAUUUAGAUAAUAAAAUAAUACAAGAACCCAAGAUUAAAAGCCCUUGCUUAAAUGUGCAGAGUCAAAGAAGUGUAUCACCUACUUUGUUAAAUCACACAGAUGAAAAUUUACAAGCAUUAUGCAAUUUUGCAGGUGAUAUGGCAGCAGAAGUCAUUACAGAAGCUGAGAAAAUAGCAAAAGUCAGAAGUUGUAUGCUUUGCAGGCAGAAGAAGAAUAGUUAUAGUGAUGGUGACCAACCUCAUAGAUCAGAAGAAAAGUUGAAUAUAGAGACUGUAGCACAUCCAAGAGAAGUUGACCCGUUUAUUCUUUCAUUACCACCAAGUUCUUGUAUGUCAGGUCUGUCAUAUAAGUAUCCCAGCUGUGAAAGUGUGACAGAUGAAUAUGCAGGUCACAUUAUCCAAAUACUAAAACAGGAAGGUGGUAAUAGUGAGUUAAUAAUGGACCAGUAUGCCAAUAGACUUGCUUAUCGAUCUAUCAAAUCAGGAUUGAAAGAAGCAGCUAAGGGAGCAACGAUGAAGUGUAACUCAAAAAUGUUUCCCUUGCAAAACUCACAGGUGAAAGCCAACAAUGAACUCUUAAUGUUCUUAAAUAAACACCACCAAGAAGUAGAUAAAAAAAGACAAAGUAAAAGAAAUGAAGGUUACCUCUGUAAAAAUCAAACUUGUGAAUGGACAGGGAAUACAUACAGAAGUAAAUGCUCUGAACUGUAUAGUUUUUCAACCUCUCUUGCUCACAGCAUAACCAGAGAUGUUAAAAAAGAGCUUACAGUGUCUGCAAUUGGCUUGCCAAAAUCCUCAACAGAUUCUUGCCUUUAUGAAAAGUCUGGAUGUGAUGAAGAUAAUGAGUCUCACAUUGAGCCAGAAUUUCCUAAGUCUCUUCAACCUUCCCCACAAAAUCACAGAUUUUACCACAGUGCAGGCAGCUUAAAUGGGUAUGGAUAUGAAGUGAAUGUUGUUCAAGCUAUAGAACAGUAUGCUAAAAAAGUAGCUGAUGACACUUUAGAACUCAGUUUAGGAUCUGCAGUUUUCCAAGUGUCUGAGACAGCAAAAGCAGCAGAUAGGAUCACUUAUGCAGAAAAGUUGUCACCUCUUGUAAGUCAAGCUUGCAGAUACUGUGAUGAGAAAGAACUCCAUGACUGCAAUGGAAACUCACCUCAAUAUUCUUUCAGACAGGAUUCACUUGCUCAUAGUAAGCCAGGUUCUAAUUCAAAAUUUAGCAACAUUUAUCAGAAAUCUAGAAUUUUUCACCUUGAUGUCCCUCAAAUUCAUGUUGAUCUUGAUAAGAAGACAGUGCUUGCUGAGAAGAUAGUUGCUGAAGCUAUUGAAAAAGCAGAGAGAGAGCUGAGCAAUACCAGUUUGGCAGCUGAUAGUGGAAUUGGACAAGAUGGUGUUAGCUUUGCUGAAAGCCUUACUACAGAAAUAAUGACCUCAGCCAUCGUGAAUGUUGAACAUGCUGUUAGUAGUCCAAAAGAAACAGAAGACUUUCAGUCAACUGAGUCUUUUGGUAGCCAGCAGAUGAAUCUCAGUAUUGGUGAUGACAGCACUGGUAGUUGGUCCAAUUUAAGUUUCGAAGAUGAACACCAGGAUGAAAGCAGCAGUUUUCAUCAUCUAAGUGAAAGUAAUGGUAACAGCAGUAGCUGGAGCAGUCUUGGUUUAGAAGGAGAUUUGUAUGAGGACAAUUUAUCCUUUCCAACAUCAGACAGUGAUGGGCCAGAUGAUAAAGACGAAGAGCAUGUGGAUGACAUAGAAGGUUUGGGGCAAGAUGAAAAGACGCUGCUAAUAACGAAUAUUGACAUGGAGCCAUGCACAGUAGACCCUCAACUAAGGAUUAUUCUUCAGUGGCUCGUGGCCUCUGAAGCUGAAGUUGCAGAACUUUCUUUUCAUGACUCUGCAAAGAAAGAGUUUAUACAACUUUCAAAACAAUUACAAGAAAAAGGAUGGAAAGUGGGAGACCUCCUGCAGGCUGUGCUUAACUACUAUGAGGUGGUGGAAAAGACUUCCAGUGAGGAGAAAUGCAAGUCACUGUAUGAUUGGCUCUUGGAAAACGCAUAGAACAAAUUCCAAACCAGUAUAUGUUUGUUACUUGUUUUAGGAGAGGAAGAAACAGAUAAAGACGCAUAGGAAAAAAUUUGAAUAGUGAAUAUUAACAUUUAAAGUAAAUUGGGGGAAAGUAAAUACAGCUUGUUAAGCUCCUGUGUCAUCACAUACUGUAUAUAGUUCAUACUUUUGUAAUCUCUGUCAAAUAUUAUCUUCAUUCUUCUGUACACAUGUGUAAUAUGUUAAAACCCUAAGAACGUAUUUGAAGGAAGGUCUAACCAUGAGGUUUUCAGGGACAUUGAUGUCAUUCUUUUUACAUCCAAAUUGUGCUGAUAAAAACUGCACUGAGGUAGCUAAGGAUAGGUGCCAGGGAUAAAGAGUUAGAAUUUGCUCCUUUGUAAACAAGUGGUAUCCUAUUAAUAACUAAUUUGACAUAAAAAAAUAGCAUUGGAGCUGAUUUUUUUCUGGUAGUUUUGGACUCAUUUUUAAAAGUCAAUUUUAUUUUCAAAGCUCAGCUAUUGGUAGGUUUUUGAAUCCCUCAAACUAUUUAAUUCCUUAGGAACAUUAAUAUUUUAGGUUUCUGUUAAUACUGUAAAUGAUACUUUUCUCAGCCUUUCAUCAAAGUACAUUAUUUCCAAUCGUUCUGGCAGGAAAGUGAGUGUGUGUGUGUGUGUGUGUGAGUGUGUGUGUGUGAGUGUGUGUAAAGGAGUACUUUAACCUUGCUAGUGAUUUGUGCCCUCUUUUAUUUUAAUAUUUUCUUGGUUAGAAAUUCACUAUUGAUAUUUAAAAGGUGCUUUAAAAUGUCUGUAAAGAUUGUGCAGCAAAAAAUUUUAUUUCUUUUUUUGACUAUUUGGGGUCCCCAACUUACUCUAAAAUUAAAAUAAAGUUGAAAAACAUGUUGAAUUUUUAAAAAUUAAUGUUAAUAGGGAAAUGCAUUUUUGAAACCUCUCCUCUUGAGCAAGGAUAAGUUUUUUCUAGGGGAAAAUAAGGAUCCUCCUGUGAUAAAAUCUAUCUGCACUAUUUUGUAAAGACCUCUGACAUGAUCCUUUUGGGCUCUACAUUUCCUACUGCUUUAGCUUUAGAAACUGCAAGUUGAUUUGACUAGAGGACCAAGAUUGUGUCUUGGUUUUGUAUUGGAGAGUGUGCAUGUGUGAAUUUUUUGGUUCUUCCACGAUUGGAUUUUGCAAUCUAGAGUAAAUCACUUUUUUCUGGGGGCUUUGGUUUUGCUUUAAUUCAUUUUAUUUUUUUUCCCUGAGCACUGACUUUUUUUGGAAGCUGCACAUAGUGUAGAAGCCAUAGCACCUGCCAUGGGACAAGGAAUAGGGGUACUUAUAUUAAUUUGAAUUAAUAAUUAUGGUAGAGAAAUGUAUUUUAUAAUGAAAGAGUCAAAUUUGCUUUUUAAGAAAAUGCCAAGAGCUAUUUAAAUAUUUUGAAGUUAUAUUGCAAGCUUUGGUUUUUCUCAAUUUAAGAUAAAGAGCAGGCCUUGAAAAUAAAUUUUCCUCAAGUUCUUUAAGUAUUUUUUAAGGUGGAGAAAUGCAGGAAAUGUAUAUAGCCAGAAUUGUUUCUGCCUUUAGCUUCUUCAAACUUGAGAUACAGCAGCACUGGACUGGGUUUUUUAAAUGUUAGGAGCUUUGUUGUUAAUUAUAACACUUGUUAACUGAUUAUUAAGUUUGGAUUGAAUUUUUACAAAUGUGUAACUGUCAUUGUGUUUAGAAACUUCAGUUUAUGUAUGGGUUUGAUUAACAGCAAACUGAGUUCUCAAUUUCUUUUAACCUAAAGUGAGAAUAUAUUUUGUAAAAUGUGCUUGAAAAUGUUUAUGUUUAUUUCUUGUGGUAAUAGUCAUUUUGAGGUAAGAUUUUCCUCAGCUCCUUUUCUCCUUUGCAGUUUCAUGGAGCUGUGCUGUUUUCCAAGUUCUCUUAGUUAGCCUCCACUUAUGUCAGCCCAGUCAUUAGGUAUUGGCAUGCCUAGUAAUAAUCAUAGAGAAGUCCACACUUGUAUCAGUUCAGUGCAGGGACAUAGAGAAAAUGUGAAGUAUUGGCAGAUGUGAAAAGAAGCCUCCUUACUUAGAAAACAUUUGUGUUUAGAGCAGUAUUUUUAUCAAGUACAGUCUAAAUUUACUUUCUUUGAAGGCACUUUGUGAUUUUUCCAAAGACAUUCUAGAUCCCUUUGGUUGCUCAGUCUUCAGAACAGCUGUUUUUUGAAGACAGCUCUGUCUUAUUUUAAUACAAAUCUACUUGACAUAUUUAUAUUAUAAUAUUGUAUUAAUGCCAUUCUGUAGAUUUUUGCUCUUAUGAAAUAUCUUAUUCAGAACUGUUAAAAUUGUGAUGUGCAUUGAGUUGAAUUUUCUUUAUCACAUUUAGAGCCAUUGAAGGAUCUGUAGAAAGUGAAUGAGGCCUCUGAUAAGGGGUUUUUAGAACAUUAUUUUAGACUGAAAUGUGGCAAGUCUUUCUUAGUCUUCUUUUCUCAAGAUAAGUUUAAAUUUUUAGGUAUUAUUAAUGUUGAUUUUGAAAAUAUGUACAGAUUUAUACAAAAGAAAUGAUUCAUUUUAAAUCACAGAAGAAAAUUACAAUGUCUAUUGGAUGCUUUGAUACAAUUUAAUGGAAUAAAACCUUUGAAAGUAUUCACUCAGUGAAUAUAUGUGAUGACUGACAUCUUUAUACUUUGAAAAAUGUUUCACUUACCCUUUCAGAUAUUUGAUAUGAAUUAAUUAAAUUCAUAAUACUUUCAUUAUGCUUAAAUAAGUGGUUUAUGUUAUUGAUAAGAGAGUUUAAUUACUUACUAAACGCACCCUUUAUGAAAUGAAAGGUGGUUUACCCAGUGACUUUGGCAUUAGUGCACAUUCCCCAGAGGCAAACUUGAGUCAUCAUCAGAGUCCAGACCCAGAUGUUUUCUUAGUUAAUUAUUUAGCUAAUAUUAUUCUUCCACAAUUAAUGUUAUCAAUUUCCCAUCAGUAUAUUGCUUAAAUUUUAUAUUUUUCAACGGAAACUUUCCAACAAAUUUUUAAAAAAUGACACAUCCAUACUCAAACUGUAGGGAAAAUACUUUCAUUUAAAACCCUAUCCACCUGUCACCAGCACAAAAGAGUUAGAGCUUCAGUGGGAAUUAUAAAAUUGUACUAAAGUGAAAUACAUUUUUUCUCAUUUGUAGCAAAAGGCCCUGUAUGCAGUUACUCUCUAUUUCUGCUCUGAAGAAGCAGAUACAGUGUUAGUCACUCUUGUCACUUUAUUUAUUUAUUUUUUUUUACCAUCCAUGUACAUUCCUUUCACAAGGGUAGAAUUGUAGUUGUAGAAGUUCAUUGUUUUAUUUUUGUUGUAAUGUUUGAAUACUAUUUAAUAUCAGGUUUAAUAUUGCUGGAUUUGCUAUCUUCGGUUACUUGUGCAGUGUUAAAAGUAAUUCACAUUCUUAUUUAAUAUAUCAGAUAUAUAGCAAAAGCAGCUUUAAAUAAUUGUAGUUGUUUAUUUGACUGUGCUGAAUUACUAUAUUAAGACCUUGUAUUGUAUAACAGUAACUUCUUUUUGCUUUUCAGUAAUUUAAUAUGUUCAUUUACCGAAAUAUGAACUUUAGGAUGCACUAAAAUUUUGUUUCAGCAGUGGUUCAAAAUAAACAUUUCAAAAAUUACUUCUGUAAUAAUUCUCAGUUGUUCUUUUAUCUUUCAUCAGUUGUUUAAGUCUGUGAUUUUUCCCCUUCCACCUAAGAAUUCUCCAAUAAACUUACGAAAUGCC